AUGGCGACAGCGGUCGAAGCACGACCUUGUCCGCCUAGUAGUCUGAUGGGGCUGCUCGGCAUCUUUGGCACCAUGAAGCGACAAAUUUUCGGUCCCUGCUAUGACCCGUACCACAACAGCACCACCAUUCGCGACGUCGUCCACUCUUCCGUGUCCGGGUUAUCGACUUUACACAUUUCAAGACAUCAUACGCUUACAGAAUGCGAAAAGGCCGAACGCUUCAUUCGCGGUGUAGCCGAAAACUACCGACUUGCGGUCGAAGAAGAAGAUAGCAGAUGGGGCCUGGUGGACGAGAAGGAUCUCGAAGUCAGCUUCUUGGCACCCAUGCCAUCUCCAGAAGCCAAACGCACUCACAUUAUUUUCCGAGAAGUACCUACACCACCAGCUGUACCCGUAGGCGUAAUCACUAUUACCAGCAUCCACGCACUUAUCGCCAUCUUUUUCAUGACGCAGUAG